AUGGUUCCGGCAUGUGCAAAGCUGGCUUCGCUGGUGAUUCAACACGAUCCAUGGUGUUGUGACGAUGCUCCUUGUGCCGUCUUUCCAUACGAUUUCACAUUUUAUACAACCCUUAUGUGCGGGGGUGUCAUGGUUGGUACUAUGGGACAGAAAGACUCUUACGUCGGUGAUGAGGCUCAAUCCAAGCGUGGUAUCUUCACGCUCAAGUACCCCAUUGAGCACACCCCGGAGGAGCACCCUGUCUUGCUCACCGAGGCUCCCCUCAACCCUAAAGCUGAUCGUGAAAAAAAACGACCCAGUGUUACGAACUAG